AUGUGUGAUCUGACCACUCUACUAGUCUCUAAACUGCCGGAGAAGAUGAGCGACAAAGAAGGCAGCAAGACUCUUAAAGUGCAGACAUGUGUUCUGAAGGUGAACACAUGCUGUGUCGGGUGCCAGAAGAAAAUAAAUAAGGUGCUGCAUAAGAUCGAUGGGGUCGAGGGAAUCCAUCUUGAUGCAGAAGGAGGGAAGGUGAGUGUCACCGGGAAUGUAGCUCCUGCCGUUCUAAUUACAAAGCUUCGCAAGGCUGGGAAAAUCGCAGAGUUGUUGCAUCCAAAGAGUGGAAACCAGCAGAAGAACAACCAAAAUGUGAAGUCCCAAAAGGGUGGUGGUGGUGGUGGUAGUGCUGGAGAAGGACGCAAGUGGUUCAAAAAUCUCAAGUUUCCACGUCUCAAGGAUCUGAAACUUCCUUUCAACAAGGAGAAGGAAGCAGUCAAGUUCGACAUCCUUCCCAAGGAAGUGUCCGGUGAUGUGAAGAAGAAGAAGAAGAAAGGUGGUGGUGGUGAUGGAGGAGGAGUUCAAGUACAGAACAAGGGUGGCGUGUCAUCACCCGUGGUGCUCACCCACGGAGGUGUGAUGUCGCCGGAGAUGACGGCCGGUGGCAACCCAUAUCAUCAUCACCAGCAGCAGCAGAGGAUGAUGACGAUGAUGAACGGUCAAGACAGCGUUGGAUAUGCUUACGGACAUACGGGGUACGUGCCGCCGCCGCCCCGCGAAGAGUCGUACUCCAACAUGUUCAGCGACGAGAACCCCAACAGCUGCUCAGUUAUGUGA